CAAAGUUGAUGCUGGAAAUAUCAUCCGCCUCCUGGUUCCUGACAUUGGAAUGUUUUUCAUUGGCUUCAUGGUUAUAAGGCUUUGUAAAAAACAGGUGAAACGUCAUAUUCCCAAAAUGCGGCUUCAUUCUGAAGACCGGGAGCAGGACGAGGAUGAGGACGAUGAUGAUGAGGAGGAGAUGGACUAUGAAACAGAAGCAGGGGACAGUGACAAGGAAGAGACCGACUGUUUAUCUGAAGAAGAUUUGGGAAAAGAAGAAGGUGACCGAAAACCAGGUUUCAUUCAGAAAGUCACUGCGUUCCUAGCAGGCUUGAAAAUCAUAUUUGAAGCCAUCCUGACAAGUGCUGGAAAGGUGGUAGCAACUCUUCUAUUAGGCUUAGCAGGUAUAAUUUUGCCUUCUGUGACUUCUGCAAUCUACUUUUUCACCUUCCUGGGCCUGUGCUCCUGGUGGGCUUGUCAUCGUCCCAUUACCGUGGUCACCUUCAGCAGUUUGUGUGUGAUGAUGGCUGUCUUCAGUGCAGGUCACCUUGCUGCCCUUUACCUGUACCAGUUGCCAUACUUUCAGGACCUGGUUCCUCCUGAUGACAUUUAUGCCAGGCUCCUGGGGAUGGUGGCGCUCAUCAAGACAAACAGCACAGAAACCUGGAAGCUGCAGAUUCAUUCUGGAUUAAGCUGGCCUGUGUUUUUAAAUCCUCUUUUGCUGCUUGUAUUAUAUUAUUCACUGGUCAUGUUGCUACAGCAGUGGGCUCUGAGUCCUAAGGAAUGUGAAGAGGGCAUCCAGUCAUCACUGGAAGAGCAGAGUAAGUUGGAACUGGACACCAUGCUCUGGAUGGCAAAGAAUGAGAAGGAAAAGGUGGCUUAUUUUUCAAAUGGAAGCUGGCAGGACAUGCCCCUUUUACAGUGUGAACAUGGCAGGAGCCUCACAGCCAGUGCUGACCCCAGUGAAGGACACAGCACUCCUGUAUCAGACGAUAGCACCUGCCCUGAAAACGCAGACGCUGAUGGGGAUGGCACUAGCAGUAUGGCAGUACUGGGGCAGUUCAUUAUGAAUCAAAGUUAUGUCAGUGCCCUGAUUGCCAUGAUGGUUUGGAGCAUCACCCACAACAGCUGGCUGACUUUUGUUCUGCUGAUUUGGUCUUGUAUCAUUUGGAUGGUUCGUGACCGGCGUCGUUAUGCCAUGCGUAGCUCUCCGUUCCUUGCCAUCUAUGGGAAUAUCCUGGUGGUCCUCAAUUUCUUUGUAGGGUUCAAUAUUUCACAAGAAGAACUGUUUCCUGAAAUUCCAACCUCCGUGCUCACUGACUUUGAUUUAAAACCAUACUCUUUGCCAUGUGUGCACCUUGGUGUUAAGAUCUUUUAUGCAUUCACGUUCUGGCUAUUGCUAAGGCAGCAUAUGAUCAAAAGACAUAUGGAGCAGAAGCAAGAAACUCUCACGGAAGUGACAGUGGGUGCGAAUGAAAGGGAAAUCCCGCACAAUCCUCUGCUGGAAAUCUUUGGCUCUCUGAUUAAAGGAAUGCUGGUUAAAUACUGGAUCUAUUUCUGCGCUGCCAUGUUUUUCAUUGUCAGUUUCAAUGGCAAAGUAGUGAUCUACAAAAUACUGUACAUUAUGCUCUUUCUGUUCUGUGUAGCUUUAUAUCAGGUUCACUACGAGUGGUGGAGACGAAUUCUGAAGUAUUUUUGGCUCACUGUUGUCUCUUAUUCAAUGGUGGUCCUCAUUGCUGUGUAUGCCUACCAGUUUAAAACCAUUUCUGGGUUUUUGCUCCUGACUUUGGGACUGUCAGAAGAGGGGUUAAAAGACCUGGGUCUUGACCAGUAUGACACGGUAGAACUGUUUGCUAAGAUUCUGCUUCCUUCCACUUUUCUCCUGGCCUGCAUCCUUCAGCUUCGUUACUUUAGUGAGGAUUUUCUGAAGAUCACUGACCUGAGUAAUAUUCCCAUCAAGCAUGAAUGUACUUCUGGCAGUAAAAAGAAAACGGAAACUCAGGUGUAUCUCCUGGCUGACAUGCUUAAAGAAAAUAUUUGGAAACUGCAAAACAGGCUGGCAGCCAAUGAACUGCAUGGUGAAAAUCAAACCACCUCGGACAAGAUAGAGAAUACAACGGUGUAUGAAACCAUGGGAGCGGCUCAGCAGGAGAAAUCAGUGGGAGAGCCUAAUAAAUGGUGCCUGGUCAUCGACAAGUUGGCUUCUCUUCUCCUGCAGCUUUUGGAAAAGUUUCAUAAAACUCAGGUGUUAGCCUGGAGAGUCCUAGAGCUGCACAUCCUUAAAAUUAUCUCCACGUGGGUCAUCUGGAUCACUCUCCAGGAGGUAUCUUUGAUGAAUUACCCUUUCUUCGUCCUUUGGGUGUUUGCCCUGCCCUAUCCCAAGCUCCGCCCUCAUGCAUCAAAGAUCUGCACAAUUUGGUCCUGUGUGAUGGUUAUCUGUAAAAUGAUGUACCAGCUGAAAUUCGUCAGGCCGCAUGACUACUCCUCAAACUGUAUGCAGAACAGAACCUACUAUCAUGACAGCCUGGAUGAGCUGUUGCAGAAAUCAGUGUUGUACGUUGCUCCUGUUGAUCCCGCCGAUUGGUGUGGAGGGUUACGGAAGUGCGGUGACAAUGUUUUACCCUGCCUGAAGAACCAUCUCACCAUCUUGGCAUUAAUGGUAAUAGAAGUGACUGUGUAUCACCACCAGCUCUUUUACCGGACUCAAAACCAGCUGAUGCCACCUGUUACAGGGAUCAUUUUUGAUACCAUCACCCGAGAGCACCUGGAUGAUGGGUUACUCAACUGCAUCAAAUACUUUAUCAACUAUGGUUUCUACAAGUUUGGACUAGAGGUGUGUCUCAUCAUGGCGGUGAAUGUCAUUAAGCAGCGUAUGGAUUUCUAUGCCCUUCUCCACGGCUGCUGGCUGAUCUACCUGCUGCACCGCCGCCGAAGGAAAGCAGUGGCUGAGGUCUGGCUGAGAUACUGCUCUUUCCUUGCCGGUGUCAUGACCUUUCAGUAUUUGCUAUGCAUUGGCUUCCCUCCUGCUUUCUGCAAAGAUUAUCCAUGGAGAACCUCUCGCUGGACAAUCCAUUCCAAUCUGAUUAAGUGGCUCUAUCUGCCUGAUUUUGCCAAGAAACCUGAUGCCAGUUUUCUCCUGUAUGACUUCCUGCUUCUGCUUUUUGCCUCCCUGCAAUGGCAGGUAUUCAAAGAUGAGAAUAAGGCUUGUGUGCGAAUAGAGGCAGGAGAUAAUGUGGAGAUCAGCUGUGAAUUAGACCCAGCUGCUCUCAGCCAGUACAGCCCUGUGCCAAACUUUAUCCACUGCAGGUCCUAUUUGGAUAUGGCUAAAGUGGUUGUGUUCGGCUAUCACUUCUGGUUUGUGCUCUGCCUGAUUUUUAUCACUGGGACAACUCAAAUCAACAUAUUCUGUCUGGGCUAUCUGAUGGCCUGUUUCUACUUUAUGAUCUUUGGAAGCAAUCUCCUUCUAAAGCCGGUCAAGAAUAUUCUCAGAUUGUGGGACUAUUUGAUUGCGUACACUGCCUUAGUUAUAGUGAUGAAGAAUCUACUGGCUAUUGGAGCGUGUGCCUAUCUUGAUAAGUUACUGAGAAACCAUUGCUGGCUAAUACAGACCUUUGGCAUGUUCUGUACUAUACCGGGGUAUGACUUGGCUCUUCCCGAGGAUGAGAAAUGUGAGCUGCCUGAAAACGAAGCCGGGAUUGUUUGGGACGCGAUAAGUUUCACUUUCUUGCUGGUCCAGCGGAGAGUCUUUAUGAGCUAUUACUUCCUCUACGUAGUGGCAGAUCUGAAGGCUGCCAAGAUCUUAGCUUCCAGAGGAGCUGAACUGUUUGAAGUGAAGCUGAAAAAAGUUGUGGCGCUCAGAUUGGAGGAAGAGAAAAAAUCACUGCAAGCCAUGAGAAGACAAAUGGAGCUAAUCAAAUUGAAGCAGAAGAAACUUGACAGUUUGAAGCAAAAGACACCAAGCCCAGAAGAAACAGCUGUGGAUCAAUCUGCCAAAGAACAGCAGCUGCUAGACCCAGGUAGCUCUGAAAAAACUCAGCCACAUCUCUUUCUGGAACUGAUUUUAGUGAUUCGAGCUGGGAGCUACUACCUCUUUGAGACAGACAGUGAGGAAGAAGAGGAACAAGGGCACACAGAAAAGAGGGAGGAAGAAUCACCAAAGAAGAAAACAGCAUUCCAGCUUGUGUAUGAAGCCUGGAUGUCUAGCUCUAAAUCAGCUCUGAGAACAAGAAAACAAGAUGAAACCAGAGAGCAGAGGAAGAAAGAAGAGGAGGAGCAGCAGCGACUGGCAGGGGAGGUAAAGUUGGAAUUCCAUGAAGAGAAAGGGGAGAUAUCAGUCACUGAAGAGAACCUAGAUGAGUCAGAAAGUAUAAUUGAAAGAAUAAUCAACACAAUCAAGUUUACUUGGGUUUUUGUUCAAGCAUUGCUAGAUGAUACUACAGAAGCACUAAACUCACUUUGUAAAAAUAACCUGGACAUAGCAAACGUACUAAGAAUUGAAAGGUACAUGCUAUGGCGAGAAACUAAUAAGGGAAAAGAAGCCUCACCAGACACAAUUCUCCAAUAUUACAACCUGAAGAAGAGUCAGCAAGUGCAAGCAAGUCUUUAUGGGGGAAAUAAAAUGAAAGGCACACAGGAGGAUCAGCAUGAAGACACAUUAGAGUGCCAGCAGAUACCCACGAGGGGAACCCAGCUACCGCACGAGAGCAGUGCAUCCAGGACAUCUGAUGAAGUUGCUGAGGAAAUUAAUGGAGAUGAGGCAGGAGAGAAGAUGGAAGAUGAAGACAGUGUCAAAGAAGCUGCCCCAGAAAUGACCACUCCACUUCCUUCCCGUGAAACAAAAGAUUAUGCUGUUUCCCCAACAGCUGAGAGGAGCAAAGAAGCAGGCAGGCCAUUAAAUGAAGUUCCUGUUAUCAUGACUGCCAGUGAGCUGCUUCUGAACAGGAUGUUUCAUGACAAUGAACUGGAGCAGUCAGACAAAUUUUACCAGAGUCUGCCUCGAUCCCUGAAGUUGGGCUUUGCUUUGUACAAUGCGAUGGUAUCCAAGUCAGAAAUGCUCUGUUAUUUUGUGAUCAUUCUCAACCACAUGGUCUCUGCGUCAGUCCUCACUUUGGUUCUGCCUAUCCUUAUAUUUCUGUGGGCCAUGUUAUCCAUUCCAAGGCCUACUAAAUUCUUCUGGAUGAUGGCUAUCGUUUAUACAGAGAUAACAGUAGUUGUCAAAUAUUUUGCUCAGUUUGGAUUCUUUCCCUGGACCACUAAGUUAUACUGCGGCAUCAAUGCAGAAGAGCCAUUUGUUCUGCCAAACAUUGUCGGGAUUGAGAAGAAGGAUGGCUAUGUGCAUUUUGAUCUUGUGCAGCUGCUGGCUUUGUUCUUUCACAGGUCUAUCUUGAAGUGCCAUGGACUAUGGGAUUCCAAAGGUGUCAAUGUGUCUGAUACCAAGAAAAGGGGAUGUUCUAGGAGUCCAAAGAACCAGGAGUCCAGAGGAGGUCUGCAGGAAGAUGAGCCUGGAUCGGGGGCAUGGCACCUUUUCAGACAUCACAAUCCCUCAGGGAGUGUCUUCAGAGGAAGGAAGACAGCCUCCAUUAACAGAGGCAAGACUCAGAAGAAGGAAGCCAGGAAGAAAUGGAAGCUUUUUAGAAAGAGUCCCAUCAGCAAGAAGAAACUUCUUAAGCAAAAGAUGAAACAACUGAUAUUGAAAGCAAAGAAGCUGGUGAUUAAAAUUGCCCUUCAAAUCUAUCGACCUAUCAGGCAGUUCUUCUACGACAUUAUUCAUCCGGAGUACAGCCCUGUCUGUGACGUCUAUGCACUGAUGUUCCUGGUUGACGUGAUCAAUUUUAUAAUUGUUAUCUUUGGAUACUGGGCCUUUGGCAAACACUCAGCAGCUGCCGACAUAACUGAAUCCCUGUCGGAAGACCAGGUCCCUGAAGCCUUCCUGGUGAUGCUCCUGAUUCAAUUUGGCACCAUGAUAGUGGACCGGGCCAUUUACUUGAGGAAGACUAUGUUUGGGAAGUGUGUAUUCCAGGUUGUCCUUGUCUUUGGCAUUCACUUCUGGAUGUUCUUCAUCUUGCCAGGCGUUACCGAAAGGAGAUUCAACAGAAACCAUGUGGCUCAGCUUUGGUACUUGGUCAAAUGUGUUUAUUUUGGCCUGUCUGCGUAUCAGAUCAAAUGUGGUUAUCCGAAUCGGGUCCUAGGCAACUUUCUGACAAAGAGUUACAAUUUCGUAAACCUUUUCCUAUUCCAAGGGUUUCGUAUGGUGCCUUUCCUUACCGAGCUGAGAGCUGUCAUGGACUGGGUUUGGACUGACACCACACUGAGUCUUUCCAGCUGGAUCUGUGUGGAGGAUUUAUAUGCAAAUAUUUUCAUUAUGAAAUGCCUGAGAGAGUCUGAGAAGAAAUAUCCUCAGCCUUCUGGCCAGAAGAAAAAAAUGAUUGUGAAGUAUGGAAUAGGAGGCUGCAUUGUCUUUAUAUUGGUCUGCAUCGUGUGGUUCCCACUGCUUCUUAUGUCACUGGUUAAAUCUGUGGCAGGAGUAACCAAUCAGCCCCUGGAUGUCUCAGUCAAAAUUACCAUUAGCGGUUAUGAGUCAUUAUUCACCAUGAGCGCUCAGCAGCGGAAUCUGAUCCCUUUCUCUCCAGCAGCAUAUAACGAGCUGGCUAAUCAAUAUGCCCUUCACCCGUCUGCCAUGCAGUUUAUAGUGAACUACAGCCCAGAGGACAUCAUCACUGCUAAAAUAAAGAGCAAUGCUAGCUUGCUGUGGAGCAUCAGUCCCGCCAGCCGAGAGGCCAUGAUGGACGAGCUCUCCAGCUCAACUGCCGUCUACAUCAACUUUCACUGGACAAUUCUCAGGAAUGCUUCUCUGGUGAAGAAUGUGGAAGCGUCUGGCAAGCACACAGUGCGGUACGAAGAGAAGGAGAUAAGAGAACAAAUUGUUCAAAUGCUAAAUGGGACCAGGAAAGAGCCAAUACUGCUUCCCGGCGUGGUACCAAGAUACCUCAGGGCUACUGCUGGAGCAGAAGCUAGAACUGCACAUCGCUUGCAAGUUGCUCAUUCUCAGAAACCACAAGACGUAGACAAAAUGGCUUUCUUCCGAAAUAUAACCAUAAAACUACAGCAGCUGGCCCUCAACUCGUCUUCCGGCCAAGUUACUGAGUGGUGGGUUAUUGAAGAGUGGAAUCCUGCGUGCUCUGGUAAUGCUUGCAGCAAGAAUAUGGAGCUUAUCAUCUACAAUGACAAAGUCAGCCCUUCCAGUCUGGGAUUCCUGGCAGGCUACGGCAUCGUUGGCCUUUACAUGUCUGUUGUUCUCGUCAUUGGGAAGUUUAUCCGAGAGUUCUUCAAUGGCAUCUCUCGUUCAAUAAUGUUUGAAGAGCUGCCCAACGUGGACCGCAUCCUGAAACUCUGCACGGACAUCUUCCUGGUGAGGGAGAUUGGGGAGCUGGAGUUGGAGGAACAACUCUUUGCCAAACUCAUCUUUUUGUACAGAUCGCCUGAAACUAUGAUCAUGUGGACCAGAGAAUCAAAGGAACAAUGACAGGACAAAGGUUUGUUUAGUGAAGAUCAGGCUUAGGAAGCAAGCUAUUGUCAUGGGCUGCUUUAGAAGCAAAUUUAACAUUCAGGAACGGGAGAUGCUACGAGCGUCUCCUCUCCAUUGGCAUAUUUUCACCUUAAGCUUUUCCACACGUUCCUCACCAAAAUGUAUCAUGUUUAGGCAGUAAGUGUACUUUUCAGGCCAGUGACUUCCCCUUGCUCAAUCAGAGAAGACCUAGUAUUGAUCCCCUACACACUUCAUCCCACAAUCAUGGAUGCAAAAAGCUCCGCCCAAGUCCACCUGAUUUUAUCUGCAAAGCAGCUAAAAACUUCCUCACAGCAGGAGGGGUUCUAAUC